AUGGCCCCCGGCAACUCUUCCCGCAACUUCUCGGCGCCGGAGGCUCAGAACGGCUCAGUAGCAGAGAAGACAGCACCACACACCAAUGUGAUCAUGCCCAGUCUCUUCAGCAUCAUCUGCUUCCUGGGCAUCAUGGGGAACCUCAUUGUGAUCUUCACUAUCGUCAAGAAGAAGAAGCUGAGGUGCAAGCAGACCGUGCCUGAUAUUUUCAUCUUCAACCUCUCCAUCGUGGACCUCCUCUUCCUCUUGGGCAUGCCCUUCCUCAUCCACCAACUCUUAGGCAACGGCUCGUGGUACUUUGGAGCUCCCCUGUGCACCAUCAUCACCGCCCUGGACACAAACAGCCAGAUCACCAGCACCAACAUCCUCACAGUGAUGACACUGGACCGUUACCUGGCCACCGUGUACCCCCUCAAGUCCACCUACAUCCGGACGCCGUGUGUGGCUGCUCUGGUCAUCUGCCUGGUGUGGCUCCUGUCCUUCCUGACCAUCAUCCCCGUGUGGAUGUACGCAGGUCUCAUGCCCCUGGAGGACGGGACCGUGCGCUGUGCUCUCCUGCUCCCCAACCCAGAGACUGACAUCUACUGGUUCACCCUCUACCAGUUCAUGCUGGCCUUUGCUGUGCCCUUGGUCAUCAUCUGCGUGGUCUAUUUCAAGAUCCUCCAGCACAUGGCCACCACCGUGGUGCCGCUGCCCCAGAGGAGUCUCCGGGUGCGUACCAAGAAGGUCACCCGAAUGGCAGUCGCCAUCUGUUCUGCCUUUUUUAUUUGCUGGGCUCCCUUCUACAUCCUCCAGCUCGUUCACCUGGGCAUUGACACCCCAUCCAUGGCCUUCUUUUACGCCUACAACUUUGCCAUUAGCUUGGGCUACGCCAACAGCUGCCUCAACCCCUUCCUCUACAUCGCCCUCAGCGAGACCUUCAAGCGCCAGUUCUUGGUGGCCAUUCGCCCUGCCAAAGAGCCCUGUUGCAACAGCAGCUCUGCCAACAACAACAGCAUGACAGAGGCCAGCGUGUGCCUGAAGCUGGCGCCAGAAUCCACCCAGCAGACUCAGUUCCAGGAGGACUUUUCCCCACGCUCGCUGCCGGUGACUGUGGCUGUUCACUAG